AUGAUGACGUGCCGUCUGCUGUGCGCCCUGUUGGUGCUGUCCCUGUGCUGCUGCCCAUCCGUGUGCACCUCAGAGUCUCCGGGGGAGGAUGAUGAUUCCAGGAAGACGACGAACGGGACAACACAGGCACCAACCACUAACAGGGCGGGUGGGGCUGAUGAAAGCGUCAACAGUCAUUCUACUUCUUCAGAAUCAGGACUACAAGAGAAGGAUCAGUCAGAAAGUAAUUCCAAUGAGGUACAGGAACAAGAAGAUGGGCACUCCAAUAAAGAAGAGGCAGAUAUUGAUAAGCCCAAUAGCGUUACGUUAAAUGAACAAAAUGUGAAACCAAAUGCACCAACCACGACUACCACCACAAAGACACCAAGUACCACCACAACACAGGCAACCACGACGACAACCACAACGACCACAACGACGACGACCACUGCGCCAGAGGCACCAAGUACUACGACUACAGAGGUGCCAACCACGACGACCACCCGCGCACCGUCACCUCUUCGUGAAAUCGACGGCAGCCUCAGCAGCUCUGCAUGGGUGUGUGCCCCGCUGCUGCUUGCCGCAUCCGCGCUGGCGUACACCACUCUGGGCUGA